AUGGGCAUACGAAGAGGUUUAUGGAUGAACAGGGACGGUGAUAAAGGUAGAAGGGAUCUGUCAUUUUUUUCCAUGAAACCGAAUGAUAAAAAAGAUUUUCUGAAGUUUGUAUCGUCGGUAAAGUUUCCCGAUAGGUAUGCUUCUAAUAUCGCGCAUUGUGUGAAUGUUGACGGGGGUAAAUUUACUGGACUAAAGAGCCAUGACUGCCAUAUGUUUAUGCAACGCCUACUUCGUGUAGGGAUUCGACACCUUUUGCCAGACGAUGUAUUGCGCCAUGACAUUGUCCAAGUCCUACGUAAGUUCGAGAUGAUAUUCCCUCCAGCUUUCUUCACAAGUAUGAUUCAUGUGAUGGUUCACUUGACAGAAGAGGCAUUGCUCGCUGGUCCUGUAAACUAUCGUUGGAUGUAUCCAAUAGAAAGGCUUCUCGGAGAGUUGAAAAAAACUGUACGCAACAGGGCGAAGCCCGAAGGAUCAAUUAUAGAGGCUUGGGUUCAAUAUGAGUCACUUACUUUCUGUGGAAUGUAUUUAAAAGAUGUGGACACGGCUUUCAAUAGUCCUCAGCGCAAUAAUGACGGAGGUCUGAGAAAUGAGAAACUUUCUGUUUUUGCCCAAAGCAUAUGA